CGGAACUCAUCACAUGUGUCAGAACUUAUUUAAUUUGAUGGAAAGAAGAAAUUGAGCCCUUGAGCAGCUUUGAUUUCUAGACAUAUGUUGAUUGUAUCAGUGGUCGACUACGCUUAUCCAAUGAGUAGCAGCCAAUCAGUGAUGAGUGCUCUGGAUAAAUCGACAGUCAUCUCGGCUGUUAAACCCACACACUCGCGCAAUGGCAGCUCAGGAUCUUCACGCCACUCUCGACAGAACUCCAGGGAUUGGGAAGUAAUAUCAGAUACAGAAUCUGCUGCAUCCGUCACAGGGAAUAACGGUGUUCCUGGCAUUUGUGAGGGAUUCCUCAUGAAAAAACGCAAGUAUCCUCUACAGGGCUGGCAUAAAAGAUAUUUUGUACUGGAUAAAGGAAUUCUGAAAUACUCCAAAACUCAACAGGAUAUCGGCAGAGGCAAGGUCCACGGUGCUCUAGAUGUGAGUCUUGCCGUCAUGUCUGUGAACAAGAAAUCUAAACGCAUUGAUCUUGACGCAGGAGACAGCUUGUACCAUGUGAAGGCAAAGAGUGAUGACAUUUUCUACAUCUGGCUUACUAAACUAACUGCUCAUCGGCUCUUCAGGAAGAAUGAGGCCAUAAAUGUCCAUCAGGGUGUUUUACAAGCACUCUCAACAGGAAACAGCAGCACUUUGCCUGCCAUGGCGAGUCUUGCACAGAGAAACCGAGUGAUGAUUCCACACUAUCAGAGCUCCGCAUCACUGUUCGGGUCAGAGACACAAGGUUCACCAUCAGCCUCUUCGUCUCGUGUGAACAGUAAAGUUUCUGAUUGGCUCAAGCAGACGCAGGAGGCCGACAUGUGUCAGCAAGAACUGGCUCGGUGUCAUGUGGAUUUGGCCGAACUCUCCCAUUUAAUCCAGAAACUUCACUGUCAUGAGGGCGGUCUUCCCUUUACAGACACUGACCUGAAGCGCCGCAUCAGCAUGCAGAAUCUCAGUCUUGAGAAGCCCAAAAAGAAGGCUGGAAAGAUCUGGGAUCACUCACGGACACUGUCACAAGUCGAAUCUCUUGGUGUUUUUUCCUCUAGUCAUUUGGGAACAUCGUCUGGUCUGGCCGCUUCCCUUCAGUCCAUCCCAAACUACGUUUAUUCCCAGCUGUCCACACCGGAGGUGUCCUCACCGGAAGGGCAGAAACUGCAGCUGGACAUCUAUGCGACGUGUGAAAGAGUUCAUGCAUCUCUAAAAUCCAUCCAUGAAUCCCUCGCCGUGGAGCGUGAGCGGGUCAGACAGGCUUGGGCGGGGCCGGACCUUCGGCAGUCCACAUCACAUCAGCUGGCUACACUGUGCACGACCCUCUCAAAGCUUGAGAUGCAGUCGCGUUUAACCAGAGUUCACUCUGUGUCGCUGUCGUCUGAAUCCUCGGAUGAGUCUUACUGCACGGUGCGUCAGGAUCAGCCCAGCCCCUCUCAGGGCCGCAAGCUGUACCGCACACUCUCAACGACUGACUCAACAGCGGAGUAUUUUGAUGCGAGUGAGGUGGCUUGUGAGACUUUGUCUGAAAAUGAGACUUCUGAUGAAUCUGGCCUGAGCGACGUCACCACAAGCAACUCUGAACCUGAGGAAGGUCACGCCACAGUAACUAUGAAGUACAGAGCCAAUGUAUCUAGUGCGCCAGAUUUGCCCUCUACCGCUCAGGACACGGGACGACGCACGGUGCUUCCUGCACACAGCACUGACAACAGCCAUAUCGGCAUCCUCACCAUCCUGUACAACAACAUCGGGAAGGAUUUGUCGCGUGUCUCCAUGCCUGUCGCUCUCAAUGAGCCACUCAGUUUUCUGCAGCGUGUCAGUGAAGAGCUGGAAUAUUCUGAACUGCUGGAUAUCGCCAACCACACAGAUGACCCUUACCAAAGAAUGGUUUAUGUGGCUGCGUUCUCUAUCUCGGGCUAUGCCUGGGCCAGCUGGCGUAAUCGGUACAAACCCUUUAACCCCGUUCUAGGAGAAACGUACGAGAGUAUGCGUGAGGACCGCGGUUUCCGUUAUGUUGCAGAGCAGGUCAGUCAUCACCCACCUUUGUCAGCUUGCCACGCUGAGUCUGAGAACUUUGCCUUUUGGCAAGACCAGCGAUGGAAGAAUAAGUUCUGGGGGAAGUCUGUGGAAUUCAUUUCGACAGGCAUGAUUAAUGUCGCUCUACCUAACUACGAUGAUCAUUAUGAGUGGAAUAAAGCAGUGACAUGCAUUCACAACGUGUUCAGUCAGCAGAGAUGGCUCGAGCACUACGGUGACGUCCUCAUUCGCAACAUCAACAGCGACGAGUGCACCUGCAAAAUCACCUUUGUCAAAUCACGUUACUGGGGUGAAGACAACAGUAAGAAUGAGGUGCAGGGCAGUGUCCUGGACCGCAGCGGCAGAGUCGUGCAUCGCUUCGGUGGAUCGUGGCAUGAGGGCAUUUUCUGUGACACACUGCCCAGUCCACAAUGCAUCUGGAAGCCCAAUGCUCAACCAGAUGAUUACUUUGACUACUUUGGCUUCUCUCAGUAUGCCAGAGAGCUCAAUGAACUGACCCCUGGCAUAAAGGAUAAACUGCCCCCAACAGACACACGCUUCCGUCCAGACCAAAGACUUCUUGAAGAGGGUAAAGUGGCAGAAGCUGAUAAAUGUAAGGAUGAAAUAGAGGGAAAACAGCGGGACAGACGGAAGGAACUGGCCAAGAAGGGAGAGGAGCAUCUCCCACGUUUCUUUAAAAAAACCACGGAUCACGCUGGACGAGAAGUGUGGGUGACAAACGGAACCUACUGGAAGGUUCGUGAGAGUCCAGGAUUUGCCAACACUGACAAUCUGGAUUUGUGGUGUUGAUGGGAUUGGUGAUGUCACAGUAUUCUAUUAAAGAUUAAUCUGUCACUAGUGUUAGUGGAUGUAUAUAGAUGUAUUUUAUGUAACUGGUUUGAAUUUUAUAUAUUACAAACCAAAGAGCUCAUCCACUGGCAAUGAAGUUAUUCACAGACUAGUGCAUGAGUGCUGCUGGUGACUGUUAAUGGGGGUUUGGGGGUGUCCUGUGUGGAACAGUGGUGCCAUGAGGAAUGAGUUUUGGGAGCAUGUUUUUUCCGAACCAUGAUAUUCCUCAAGCCACACGUCUCUCCAUUUUACUGAUGUCAGUGAUGGAAUAGUGAUUUAAUUGUUAUAAUGUGCAAAAUACUCCCUAGUUUAUCAAUAUUAUGUGUUAGGAAUCUGCUAAAUGAAAAUAUUGUUUGAAUGUUUCCUUUACAUAAAAAUAUGUUCAGACUUUAAAAAUUAAAGAUCAACAGUCAAAGCCUGAAUAUUAUAUUAAUUGUUUCCCUCAGACUGUAAUGGACUGUUGGAUGUUACACCUAAGGGGCAUGUAGAGAUCUCAUUUAUUAAUAUAAAUUUUGUGGUUUAAUACAAAUGUUUUAAGUUUCCUGUAUCAGUUUGACUGUGUAAAUAUUUCCUGUCUAUAGUGUUUACUCUUAAAUUAUUAAUUUUAAGAGCUGGAUGUAAUCUCUCUCAUGGAAUGCUAUUAGAUGAUCUCGCUGUAUGAAGUACUUUAAUACUGAGUAAUGCCUCAAACAGUUCAAAUAAUAUAGUUGAAAUGAUGAAAACGAGAUUUCAUUGGAGGUUUCAACUAAACCUGCUGACAAGAGUUUUAUAUCUUGGUGAAAAGUAUAAUCGGGUUAUGUGCAAUUUCUUGUACAAAUGCAUUUCUAAGUAGAUGAGACUUGAAUAAAUAUUAAAUUUGA